UCAGAUGAAUUACAGAUGGAAAAUUCGCUUUUUAUUUUUAUUAUUUUCGGGAGUGUACGAAGUUUUUGAAUCGCGAUCGUCUUUUCUUCUUUUGUUUAAAUUUUCAAUUAUUGUUUCGGGAGUGUUCGUAUUUCCUAAAACGGCGAUCGUUUAGCAAUAAAAUUCUUACAGUAAUAUUUUCUCAAAAUCAGAAAUUCGGGAUUGUUUUUUUUUUUAAAACCGCGACCGUUUUAUAAUAAUUUGUUAAAUUAGUAUUUUUUAGUUAAAUCAUUUAGGAGUGAUCGAUAAUAUUUUAAAAAGCGAGUGAUAUUUUCCCUGACAAUAUUAUAUCUGGAAAAUGAGAAUAGUUAUUAAAACACCGGAAAAAGAAUGAUGAAAAUGGUCCAGAAAUAGGAAGUUCAAAACAGGUUCUGAUGAAAUAUAUAUCGCUCCAUUGAGGGAAUCUAUAUUUAUACGAAAAUUCCAAAAAUUGUCUGACUGAAACUAACCUUUACUACUGAUGCCAAGAUUAUAACAAUUUGAUACCAAAAACAACAAGAAUUUAAAACCUCGUCUGACUGAAUAUAAAUUUUACUACUGAUGCCAAAAUUACAACAAUUUGGCAUGGGUGCAAUGGGACCUUUAGGCCCAAUUCCUGGUCCACAAAGUUUUAUGGAAUUAGCUAGUCAAGGAUUUCCUCCCCUGCCACCAUUACCUUUGCCCGGCAUGAAUGAUUCUCCACUUGAAUUUAGCACAAACAAAAAUCAACCUCCAAUCGUUCGUGAAAGUACUGAUGAAAGUAAUGAGAGAAGAAUUGAGAAAAAUGAUAAUAAUCGUAAGGAACGUGAUGCAAGGGAAACAAGAGAAAAUCGCGACAAUAGUAGAAGAUCGCGAGGAGAUCGAAACGAUCGACGUGAAAGAGAUCGAGACAGGCGUGAUGAGAGAAAUGAACGCGAUAGAAGAGAUGAAAGACGAACAACUGAGGAGAGAAACAAUGCAAAUUUAUCAAAUAAUAGUACAACAUUAGUAAAUUCAAAUGGAAAUGAAGUUACAGGAACACACAAUGCAACGAGUAGCACAACAACAACAACAACAAUUGGAGCUCAAAUUGAACCAUCGCCAAGUGUUUGGAGUAUAGGUGUUGGUUAUCCAAUGAUGGGAAUGGGUCCAAUGGGUCCAAUGAUGGGUGAAAUGACAUUGGGACCUCAUAUUGGACACGCUCAUGGUUAUGGACCAAUGGGAAUGAGUAUGAUGUCACAUGAGGGAGCAAUAAUGAGUGCACAAAUGCUUGGUCCAGAACAAAUAAUAACUGAUACUGCAGCUCAAUUAAUAACAAGUGCAUUACCACCACCACCAUCGCCAUUAACACAAAACACCAAAGAAAUUAUACAUUGUAAAAGUUGCACAUUAUUCCCACCAAAUCCAAAUGCACCACCACCGACUACAAGAGAAAGACCGCCAGGUUGUCGCACAAUUUUCGUUGGUGGAUUACCUGAAAACAUAUCGGAGACAAUUAUACAGGAAAUAUUUGAACGUUGUGGAGAAAUAACAACAUUGCGACUAUCGAAGAAAAAUUUCUGUCACAUACGUUUUGUUUUAGAAGCAAGUGUUGAUGCAGCAAUAUAUCUAUCGGGAUAUAGAGUAAGAAUAGGAUCAAAUGGUGAUGCUGCCAACACAGGUAGACUUCAUGUAGACUUUGCUCAGGCAAGAGACGAUCAAUAUGAAUGGGAGUGUAGACAAAGACAAUUACAAAGAGAGCAACGUCACAGGGAACGAGUCGAAAAAGAAAGACAAAGACCACCUUCUAGUCCACCUCCAGUUGUUCAUUAUACUGAUCAUGAAGCGUCAAAUGUUUGCGAAAAAAUUAAACAAGACGACACCUUCAUGAAAGCCGUACAGGUUGUUGUUACUUGGCUUGAACGUGGAGAUUGUACGAAACGAAAUGCGAAUACAUUUUAUUCAAUGAUUCAAUCAACAAAUUCUCAUGUUCGUCGAUUACUUUCCGAGAAGGCAUUGUACGAGGAAGAAUUGCAGAAAGCAAAGGAACUCAUGAAGGGAAGAAUGCAAGGACUUUUAAUACAAUUCAGUCAGAUCGAACGAGUUUUUACUGCUGCCAGCCACAAGAAGGUUUGGGAUCACUUCACCAAGGCACAACGGAAGAACAUUGAAAUGUGGAAGAAACAAUCAUCGGAAAUAAAAGCAGUUCAAUUGGAAGAUGCUCUCAUGGAAGGCGAGGGAGAAAUGGAAGUUUCAGAUUCCGAGGAUGAGCCACAACGAAAGAAGCAAAAAAAUCUAAUUGACAAUCAUGAGGAUAUUGAGAGAGUUCAAAUAUUAAAGGAAGAAAAUGACAGUUUGAGAUGUCAACUAGAAGCAUACAAGAACGAGGUGGAUCUAUUGAAAUCAGAAACAAAAAAUGAGAUAGACGGCAAAGAAAAGCAAAUGAAAAUGUUACAGCAAACAUUAAAAGGAAUGCAGGAACAAUUAAUGCAAUCGCGAAAACAACAAGCUCAGGACGAUCAAAAAAUAAAGGAUCUAAUACUAAAAUUGAAUGCCACGAAAAAAGAGGAACCACCUGAAAGUGAAAUAAUAACAUUGGAUAAAGAUGAUGAUGUUAAUGAUGAACCAAGAACACCAAAACAUCUAACAUCAUCUUCUGGAUCAAUUCAAAUUACACAAAAAGAUGCAAAACUUAUAGGACUUAUUGCGACAUUUUUACAUAUCCAUCCAUUCGGUGCUAGUGUCGAUUAUGUUUGGUCGUAUUUACAAAAAAUGGAACCGGGAAUACGACCAAAUGAAGUGGAAUUAUUAAUGCAAAGAUUUCCACAAGUAUUUAAACAAGAAUUAUCAGGAAUUGGUGCCAAUAUGGAAAGACGUUGGCAAUUCUCGGGUUUUAACGCCUAUCGAAUACACUAGUUUAACGAAAAAAAAAAAACAAAACAAAGCUAAAACACCAAGCAAUUAUUAUAAUCCCAAAAAGUUGAUCUCUAGGGAUUUUUAUUACAACUUAAAAAAAUUAUAGUUUGCCAUAUUAGUACAUAAGGUAUGCAUGUUUAGUAAAAAAAAAAAAAAAAAAAAAAAAAAAA